CUAUUUUUCCAUAUCUCCCGUGUGGCCGUGUAUGAGCAGAACGCCAUAAAAAUUCAAAUAGCUCUCGACGGCGGCGAAGGCCUUGAAUUUCCAGGAUCUCUACCCGGUGGCAGUCACCUGGCGUAUCUUUCCACUAUUUUUCGAUAUCUCCCGUGUGGCCGUGUAUGAGCAGAACGCCAUCAAAAUUCAAAUAGCUCUCGACGGCGACGAAGGCUUUGAAUUUCCAGGAUCUCUACCCGGUGGCAGAAAUUAUCUGAAAAUGGAUGCAAUAAGUGAAUCCAAAAAGCAAAAACCAAGUGAAGUUCAAGGCAUGAAUCAGGCUGGGAAAAGGUUAAGUGAUUUACCUGAUGUGGUUCUCCUACACGUCCUCUCUUACCUUCCGACAAAAGAUGCUGUGAGAACAAGAUCUCUAUCGAAAAGAUGGGAAUGCCUCUGGGCAUCUAUUCCCAUGCUCAAAUUCUCUGAAAAUGAGGCCAAUAGAAUCCACCUGAUGGACAUUGUGGAUGAUUUGCUUUCUCUAGGCUCCUCUGAUAUAGAAAAAUUAGAUAUAGUAUGGGUUUUGCUAGGUGAUGCUGUUCGCAUCAGACGGUCGAUCUCUACUGCAGUAUGGUGUAAUGUUCUGGAGUUUCAUAUUUGCCAGAGUGACUGCAAACGACUUUUUGAAACACCUGAUUCCCCUUUUACUUAUCAGUCAUUUAGAGAAUUAGAGUUAUUAAUAUCCCACACGCGCAAAAUUCCUCCUCCUAUUUGCCUUUCAACUCUCAAGAUAUUAAAUUUUGAGAAUAUCACAUUUACGAAUGAUCACUCGACACAAUUGUUGUUUUCUGGCUGUCCGGAGCUCGAGGAGGUGAUAUUAUCGAAAUGCAAUUGGGUGAACGUUAAUGUUGUGAGUAUUUGUGCUCCAAAACUCUGGAGCUUGAAAAUAAGUGACAUGGAAAUUGAUAACCACCAAUGGAAUGAAUCAGAUGGUUGUGACAUCGUGAUAUUUGGAACUUCUCUCAAGUUUUUCAAGUAUUCUGGAGAAUUUUUAAAUGACUAUUUCUUAUAUGACUCAUCCUCAAUAGAUGAGGUGAGGAUUGAGAUGGAUAAUGCUAGAGAGAGGUCAAGAGUAGCUGCUUAUCGCCUAUAUAAUCUAUUGAGGGGGAUCUCUGAUGUAAAAAAGCUAGUACUGUCAGCUGAUGCUAUUGAGGUACUGAAUCAUGCAAGCGAACUACUGACUCAAAUGCCCCUGUUCAAUAAUCUGAGGACGUUGACAUUGAAUUCAGAGCCACUCGACCUUGAAUCUAAAGCUCUACUGAUGAUAAUUGCAAAUUCUCCAAUUCUUAAAGCUCUUGAAUUUUCCGAGGAGUCAACCUCUCAUUAGUUUGUGUUAAAGCUAAUAGAUAUCAGAUCAAGUGCCUUUGGGUUUCUUGUCCCACCUCAAAACUCAAAAGUACUUUAGCCUGCAAAUUCUAUGGAGAUGAGGAGCUAUAUAUGUUAGAGAUAUUGCUCGAAAAAGAAUUUGUUCUGGACAAAUGAGUCAUCUGUUCCAGCUCUAUGACUAUAAGGUCAUCAGAUGAGAUGGAGAAGGUUAAGAAGUGGUUUCUUUCACCAGCUAGGGCAUCAGAAGUUCUUGAAAUGGAAGUUGGAUAAACCCUUUCCUAAGUCUCCAUCCGAAAGUCAAUGUCAAAAGUUCACUUCCAGACUUCCAGUUUCCAUCACAUGUGAGAUAUGGCAAGUUGCUUUCUUACAUCAGUUUCUACAAGGCUAUAAGCUGCUCAAACUUCUCUUGUUAUGGCCCUUUCCAUGUAAACUAUAAGAUGCUGUUAUAUAUUUAUAUGAUUUGAACUGGUUACAUGGGUGCCAAUGAUCAUGUUCUCUAAGGCUUUGGCGUUAUUUGCUCAAGGAACCUGGAUGUUAUCCGAUGUUGUCGGAGUACAAGAUCGUCAAUAAGGGCAUUCUAGUGCUAGAUUCUUAU